CUUCCAACUGCAUCAUGUUUACCAUUAACAACGAUGAGCGGGCACGAUGGAAGAUCACCAGCCGGCUACAGCAGAAGCCCCUAUUAAUAGCCAUCAACUGUCUCGCCGGCCUCGCCAUCUUCUUCUUCGGCUAUGACCAGGGCAUGAUGGGCGGAGUCAAUGACUCGGCCGCAUACGUCACCCGGAUGGGACUUGGUUAUACAGCCAACGGCUCAGUGACCGUGACUAACACUCUCCUCCAAGGAGGCAUCGUUUCGGUAUACUACCUUGGAACUCUAGUUGGCUGUUUCCUAGGCGGACAUGUCAGUGAUCGGUACGGGCGAAUCAGGUCACUCGGCUUCGGAGCCAUCUGGGGAAUCAUCGGUGCGGCAUUACAAUGCACGGCCAUGAAUCCCUCGUGGAUGAUCGUGGCUCGUCUGAUCAAUGGCAUUGGCACGGGUGUACUUAACGCCACUGUCCCAGUAUAUGGCUCCGAACUGGCCGACUACGAAUCCCGGGGUCAGUUCAUUGCCAUGGAGUUUACAUUGAAUAUAUCUGGAGUGGCGGUCGCUUAUUGGCUGGGAUUCGGACUCAGCUAUAUUGACCAUGGCGAAUCCAAUUUUCAAUGGCGGUUUCCUAUUGCCUUUCAGAUUGUGUUCUUGUUGCUUCUUGUGAUAGGAUGUUGGGUGUUUCCUGAAUCCCCUCGUUGGCUGUGUAUGGUUGGACGUCGCGAAGAAGCGCUGUAUGUACUGCGACGACUUCGGGGCACCGAGAAUGAAGCAGCGGCCUUGCAGGAGAUGCGCGAGAUUGAAGCUAUUGUCGAGAUGGAAGCGUCUGGGGAUAGUAUCACCUAUUUUCAUAUGCUCUUUGGGUUGGGGAACGAAGAUUGGCAUAUUGCUCGACGCGUGCAGUUGGUGAUUUGGUUACAAAUUCUGCAGAGCUGGUCAGGAAUUGCUGGUGUUACCAUGUACGCACCUACAAUCUUCAAAAUCGCCGACUUCGACUCCCAAAAAACAAUGUGGAUCUCCGGACUAAACGAUAUCUUCUACACCUUAUCCACCCUCAUUUGCGUCUUCACUCUAGACCGCAUCGGCCGUCGAUGGACACUCUGGUGGGGAGCAGCCGGUCAAGCAAUUGCCAUGUUCCUCGCUGGAGGGUUAUCCCGUGGGGGAUUGACCCAUCCUCAAAGCCAGGCGGCAUGGGGAAUUGCCGCCACGGCUAUGGUCUACCUUUAUACCUUCAUUUUCGGUGCCACCUGGCUCACGGUGCCGUGGCUGUAUCCGGCAGAGAUCUUCCCACUCAAGGUACGCGCCAAGGGGAAUGCAUGGGGAGUGGUUGGAUGGAGUUUGGGAAAUGGGUCGCUUACCCUGGCCCUUCCGUACAUCUUUGCUUCUAUUGGGGCCAAUACGUUGCAUGUUUUUGGCGCCGUCAAUCUUAUUUCUAUCCCAAUCGUAUGGGCCCUUUAUCCCGAAUCAAGUCAGCGUACACUAGAGGAAAUUGAUCUGCUGUUUGCAGCUAAGUCGCCCUGGGUAUGGACGGCCGAGGCCAAUUUUAAAGCGCUACUGGCGGAGAAUCCAGAGCUCGGCGCCGGUGGUCGACGGAGCAGCAUGAAUGAAGCUGAAAAGGGCCUAAAAAUAGAGACAGAGCAUGCGGAGACGAUAGCGAGCCAGUAG